AUGGAUUAAUAACAAAUGUAUGAUGAAGUUAUUGAUACAACAAAUAUUAAAAUUGUGGUUCUUGGAGCUGAAGGAGUUGGGAAAUCAAGCAUAAUCAAUUAAUUAUGUGAUAGAAAAUUUGAUCAUGAAAUUAAAUCUACAACCUGUUAUAAAAUUGAUAAAGCUGAAUAUAUAAUUAAUGAUCAAUAAUACACUUUAUCUUUUUGGGAUUGUGGUUCCUAUCAUAAUUAAUCUUAUUAAGAUGUUAAAAAGGUAAUGGUUGAUUUAAAUUAGGCAUUUUAUAGAGGUUCUUUGUUUGCAUUUCUUGUAGUUGAUGCAAAAUGUACUGAUUAAUUAAAAAGUGCAAUUCAAUUUUGGGAUUAGGAAUGUGAAGAUUACAAUGUAUUUACAAAAUAUAUACUUGUAAAUAAAAUGGAUUUAUUGGAUGACAUAGAAUUUUUAAAUUACAAUAAAACUAUAUCAAUUGGAUAAACUCUUGAAGAUGAAGAUUAGAUUUAAAUUCAAAUGAUAAAUUAGAAUUUGAAUUAAAUAGAUCAUAAACAUGAAAUAGAAUUAAUGAUUAAUGAUUUAGGCCUGAAUAUAUAAUUGUUUUUUGGUAGUGCAAAAAGUAUAGAAAUGGGUUACAAAAACUUUCUCAUUAAAUUAAUUCAAAGUAAUAUUAUGCUUAAUUAAUAGAUAAUAAUAUUUUUAAUCUUCAAAAGGCUGAUUCUGAUAGAAGAAUUCUAAAAAAUAGAUAGAAUGAAUCAAGUAUUAGAUAAUCAUUACCUAUUGAAAGUUAAAGAAAAUCUAGAGAGUAAUUAAAAUGCAAUAUCUAUUGA